AUGUCCAGAAAACGAAUUGAAGCACCUCCUUUGACUGAUAGAUCGUAAUUCCGAAGAAUCAGUUAAAAAAGUGUAGAUGAUUUGAAUUAAACUCUUCAUGCUCGGAUCAACAGCAUGGUAGGAUUAGAUGAGCAAUUGUCCACCAAAAUUAAAUAACUUUAAGUUAGCACUUUCACAACUAAAGACUUAACAUCUAUAGGAUCAUCUCUCCAAGACAUGGUUACUACAUUGCAAAAAGUUUCAUUUAAUGAAAUCAUGUACAAUCAGCUUCUGAGAGACAACGAAAAGUUUAAGAACGAGCAAUCAUAUUUAAAGGCUUAACUAUUUAAACUUAAUCACCUUAACUCCAAAUUCCAAUAAGAAAACUAAUAGCUAUUAGACAAGAUCAGAAGCUAAGAAGUUGAUAUCAAUAACCUAAAUAAAAAGUUAACUGCUGAACAAAAGCUUAAUGAGGAAUUAUGUAUCAGCACUUUAUUAAUCCUAGCUAAAAAAUUGAAGCGGUCUGAAUAAAGAGUGUAAAUAAUUUUAGAAUCCAAUAUUACAAUAUAAAAAGAUUAAUUGAAACAUAAUUUGGUUGAAGUUCUGACUGAAAAUGAACAUAUCAAGAAAGAUGCCAUUCAAAAAUAGAAGGAUUACUAAAAACUUUAAAUGGUUAACAAUUCUCUAAACUAAAAAUUAUCGAGAUUGAAUAAUAGGUUUUAAAUUAGAAGCAAAGUUUAAAGUGAAGAGGACUUUAUAGAUCAAGAGAAGAUGGUUAUAACAUUUACAGAAAUACCUAACAACUUCGUUUUUAGACAUUUAAUAUUCAAACUAGAGUUUAUCUAAUCAGUUUUAGAGUUCUCGACUGAAGACUUUUUAGUCCACAUCAAUUCAGUUAAUCCUGAAACUAAGAAGAUGUAAUUGACAUGGCUCUUUAAUUAUAUGAUAAACUACAAAGAUUUCAACUUAGCUCAUAAUGUCUUUAUUAUCAAACUAUCCAAAUUGAUGCAAAUUUAUUCCUAUGAUGAAAUGUACAAUUUCUUUACUACAUUAUCCUCCUUCUUCAAAGUCUCUCACAUCUAUUUAUGGUUACGAGAUUUCUAAACAGGAUUCUUUAUCAAUUAAUUAGAUGGGAAGUAAAAAAAGAUUAUUUGCACAAAAGGAGCCUUUAGAGAUUGCUUAGACACUCGGGAAUCUGUUAACAAGCUCACUGCUCAUAAACACAUCAUGUAUUAAAAUGAUUUGGGAGAAGACAUAUAUCAAGAUAGUACCUACAUCUUCCCUAUUAUAACUGAAGCUGCUCUCCCAGCAGGAUUGAUUGAAUUUCAUCAUCCCAUUUAGAGUAAUAAUUUUAGUGAUAUCUAAUAUUUCGCUUCGAUUUUAGGAUUGUAUACAAAGAUUCAAAUCUAAAAGAUUGAUGAGGAGAUACACAAAAACUCGUUAUUGAAAUAAACUGACAUUUUAUAACUUCAAUUUUUAAAGUUAAUGAAAGCAAUUGAUAAAUUCCAUUUUUGUGAAUUAAUGAAAGAAAUGCAAUGUAAAAUUAUGCAAUUAUCAACAUCUGAAAUUGUAUUUGUUGAAAAUAAUGGUUUAUGGAAGUAUCAUAAUUAAGAAAUAAGGAAAUUGGAUAAUUUAGCUGGAGUAUGUGGUUAAGUGGCUAUUAGCAAACAACCUGCAUAUUUUACUAAUAUUUCAAAAGAACUUAAUUUCAAUCAAAUAGUCGACAUGUAUUCAAUCGCUCCUUUGUUCGUUUAUCCUAUCGUUCACAAUAAUCAAACUUAUGCUCUAAUUUAAGUAUCACUUACUAACAAGCAAAUCGAUAAAUAUAGGUUUAAAGAUCCCUUGAUCAGUUUAUCAUCGCAAUCCAAUUAAGCAAGACUGUUUUGCGAUUAUGUUACUACUGCCUAUAUACAUAAGUUUUUAUGA